UACUCAAAAUAAAAACAGCUAAAUACACAUUAUUCUAAAAAAAGACCUAUAAGGCUUUCGGAUAACACGCAAUGGCAUAAAACCGUUAAGCCAUAGUGGACUUUCCGCACUCCAAAACGAUAAAGAUGUUAUUUUUGUGACUUAGCUCUUUAUACAGUAAGUACAUAAAAUCGUUCCAUAGAACGCCAGUUACCUUACAAAAUUAACAAAAUAAAAAAAAAACGAGAAUAUUAAUUGACAAUAAAAACAUACUGAUGCAAACGAACAGUUGAAAACUCUUUUAAUAUCAAUACCUAUUCUAGCACACUUUAACGAUGAUACACCAACGAGCUCGCUCGUAGACACAAACAUUUGGAGACUAGGUGAAGUUCUAGAACAGACAGAUGAAAACAAUAUUUGCAGAGUCAUAGGAUAUGUCUAUUAUAAAUAGAGUACAGUUUGUUUUGUAUAAUAUUGAUUGGACUGGAAAAAGUAUAGCAUUUAAAAAAAUGUUAUUGUUGACUAUGAAUUUAAAUAACACGAGCAGAUUAAGGAUGAAUAUUACUCCACAAAAAUCAUUGAAUUUAGAAGUAUUUGGCUCAGCGAUGCGUAUGUCAUAUUCAAUAAUUUCACUCUUCGCAAAGAAAACAAAUUCAAAAUGAGCAGAUUGGAGCAAAUAAAAAUUUAUUUUAAAAAUUUUGUGUGCUUUACAAUAUAAUUUAAUUUUAAAUUUAGUUCAUUUUAUGUUAAAUU